AUGGUUCGUAUUAUCGACGCUGUUCGCAAGGAUCAUAAGGAGCUGGAGUCAUACUAUAACAAAAUUGUCACCUCAGAGGAUGCAGAUGAGCAGACUCGGUUUCAGAACCAGUUUACCUGGGAACUUGCCCGACACUCCGUCGGCGAAGAGCUAGUGGUCUACCCGGCGAUGAAGAAGUACUUACGCGAUGGGGAAAAGGACCGCGAGCAACAUCGCACGGUCUUUCAGGACCUCCCAUGCUCCGAUCCUCGGUUUAUCCCCACCAUCACAAUUCUCAUGGAUGAUUUCGCCCAGCACAUGCAUGACGUUGAGACCAUCGACCUUGUUAAGCUGGAGAGUGCCAUCACCCCAAAAGAGAGUGAGCGACUGGGCAAGUCUUUUGACCGCACCAAGAUUUUCAUGCCCACCCGUUCGCAUCCCAGUCUGCCUGAUCGGCCGCCAUAUGAGACAGCGACUGGACUGAUGGCGGCUCCACUGGAUCAUUUACAGGAUAUCUUUCGCAGAUGGCCAGACGAUGGAGUCAACCUUACUCCGUCGAUGGAAUAG